CACAGCAGACAUCCCUACCUCACCUCACCUCACCUCUCAUUCUCAUUCUCAUUCUCACUCUAAAUCUUGUACAACUAACUAACUAACUAAUUCGUUAAUCAAUCAAGAUGAGUGAGAAAGUAGUAGGAGGAGGAAGAGGAAUGGGCCUAGUGAGGAAGAUGGCACCAUACCUGGCAAUGGUGGCUUUGCAGCUGGGCUAUGCUGGCAUGAACAUCAUCACCAAGAUCUCCCUCAAUGGCGGCAUGAGCCACUACGUCCUCGUCGUCUAUCGCCACGCCUUUGCCACCGCUGCCAUUGCCCCCUUCGCCCUCCUCUUCGAGAGGGCCGGCCAGCCCAAGAUCACUUGCCGCGUCUUCCUUCAGAUCUUCCUCCUCGGCCUUCUCGGGCCUGUUCUUGAUCUCAACUUCUUGUACAUGGGGCUGAAGCUCACUUCACCAACCUUCACCUGUGCCAUGAUCAACAUCCUGCCUGCUGUCACUUUUGUCAUGGCCGCUGUUUUCAGGAUGGAGAAAGUGGACUUUAAGAAGGUGAUGAGCCUAGCCAAAGUGAUGGGGACACUGAUAACUGUGGGGGGAGCAAUGCUGAUGGCCUUAUACAAGGGUCCUCUUGUGGAGCUGCCCUGGUCUAAGCACCGUCACGCCGCCGCUGAUGCGCAAGCCCCGGCUGCGCCUAAAUCAUCGGAAAAGGACUGGUUCAUCGGUUGCAUUUACCUCAUCGCGGCGCAGGUCGCGUGGGCAGGACUCUUCAUUCUGCAGAAGAUCGCACUCAAGACGUACGCCAAGCACCAGCUCUCCCUCACGUCGUGGGUGUGUUUUCUCGGCACACUCGAGGCUACUGCUGUCACUUUUGUCUUCGAACACAAUCUUGGCGCCUGGAAUAUCGGCUUCGACGCCAACCUUCUCACUGCCGCCUACUCUGGAAUCGUGGCAUCUGGGAUCGCCUACUACGUCCAAGGGCUGGUGAUGAAGUCGAAAGGGCCUGUUUUCACUACUGCUUUUAGCCCGAUGAUGAUGAUCUUCUCCGUGGUGAUGGGCUCCUUCAUCUUGGCUGAGAAGAUCUAUCUUGGAGGGGUGAUCGGCGCAGUUAUAAUCAUCAUCGGGCUUUACUCGUUCUUAUGGGGAAAGUUAAAAGAGGAGCAGCAUUAUAAGCAGGAAAUGAAACAACUUCCAGAAGUCACAAAGGAAGGCAACAAUGACAUUGCUGCAUAGAAUCGAAUCAAUAAUGCGCCGGCAU